AUGUCAGUUCCGAAAUUAACGAUUGUUGAGCAAAAGCAGUUUUCGAAAUCGAUAGAAGCAUUUCAACAAGGUGUAUUGAUAUAUUUGUUAGUACGUUCCAGUUACACAGUGACUUUAAAACGCCUUGACAAAACAGCGAAAAAAACGUUUCAAAAUUUUCCUAUAGUAACUAUAAAUAAUUCCACGACGACGUAUGACUUCCAAAAAAAAGUCGAAGAAGAGGCUUUAUUUGCAAAACAACUCGAAGAGAAAGAAAAACCGUCUGAUCAAGUCCAACGCCAUUAUGAACGAAAUAAAGUCACCAUUUCAUGUAACCGUUUGUUGGAAUUUGUUCAACGGCUGGGAUUUACUUUCAUUCAACGAGGAACUCGGUCCACUAAAUACACCGUCAAACUCAAAAAGAUCGCAAAAAUCACGGGAAACAACAUCACCUUGCAAAAGGAACAGAUCUGGCAAAUCGGAAAAAAGACCGUCGAAUACAUCAAAACACUCUUUGGCAAGAAUGAUGAAGCUACCGUCGGAAUCGACUUGUUGGUCCAAUUCCCAGAGAUCUCCACUCCACUCGUCGAUGUCUCAUUAAACCAAAAAUCAAGGGAUUUCAACAAAAAUGAAUUCGCCGUCAAAAUCGUCGAUGAAUUCGUCGAAAACAAACGCAAAGAAGUCACUCAGAAAAUGGAGGAGGACUUUUCUAAAGCAAACAACCUGAAAGAUACCACCAGCGACAAACAGGUGGCAAUCACUUCAAAUAACAUUUCUAAUAAUAUAUCAAAUAACAUUUCGAAUAACAUUUCUAAUGAGGCAUCGGAAUAUCCCGAAAAGCCACAAGAAAAGAUCGAAAUGGUCGACAACUUCGAUUUGGAAUUUGGAGACGUCAAACUGGGAGACGAGUUCUUGGUAAAGGAACAAAAGGAAAUUUCAUUUGAAGGGUCAAGGAGCUUUGUUAAUUCAGUUGACCCAAUUAACUCAUUCUUCUCACCUAAUGAUAUCAAUAGACAACUCAAGAAGUGA